AUGACUGACGUGGUGGAGCGGCUGCUGGAGACGCAAGACGGCGCGGACCAGCGGCUGCGAGAGAUCCUUGCUGCGGAGAAAGAGGUGGCCCAGAGCCUUCUUGACGCAAAGGAGCAGGCGCACCAGGGUGGCACCGAGCUGCAGCAGCUUGAAGCUGAGCUUCAGAGGGCCAGCGAGGAGGACACCCGUUUGAAGGCCAGCCUCCUUCAGCUCAGCAGAGAGUUGGAGGAGCUCAAGGAGAUCGAGGCCGAUCUUGAAAGACAGGAGAGGGAGGUUGAUGAAGACACUACAGUCACCAUCCCUUCAGCCGUGUAUGUGGCUCAACUUUAUCGCCGAAUUAGUAAAAUCGAGUGGGAUUAUGAGUGUGAGCCGGGGAUGAUCAAAGGCAUACAUCACGGCCCCAGCGUCGCCCAGCCCAUCCACCUGGACAGCACCCAGCUGUCCAAGAAAUUCAUCAGCGACUAUCUCUGGAGCUUGGUGGACACGGAGUGGUAGAGAGAAGCCUCUUGGACUGUGUCUUAUAAUCCCACACAGUGAGAGUCAGCCGUGGUGGGUGGUCAGUGCCUCAGUGGUGAGAUCAGCUUAAAAUUAAAUGUUUACACAUAAAUGA